AUGGCUCCCUCCUCCACCUCCACCUCGCCCCCCUCCGUCGUCGUCGUCCUCAUCCUCCUCCUCUCCGCCGUCCCGGCCCGCCUCGCCUCGAUCCCCGUCUCCGAUGGACUGGAGCAGCUAGGAGGAGGAGAAGGCCUGCACCGGGAGAUUCUCAGGGACGAGACGGUGCUGAGGCUCAAGGAACUCGGCAAGAUAUCUGAUGGCGAAGGCUUCCUCGAAAGGACAUUCCUGAGUCCCGCUUCCUUCAGAGCCACUGAUGUCAUUAUCAGCUGGAUGAAAGAUGCCGGACUUGCGACGUGGGUGGAUCAAAUGGGUAAUAUUCAUGGUCGAUUUGAACCGUCCAAUUCAACAGAGAAGGCUUUAUUGAUUGGAUCUCACAUGGAUACUGUCAUUGAUGCUGGCAUGUACGACGGAGCUUUGGGUAUUAUAUGCGCAAUCUCUGCUCUGAAGGUCUUGAGAGUCACUGGAAAACUUCAGAGGCUCACUAGACCAGUAGAGGUGAUUGCAUUCAGCGACGAGGAGGGCGUUAGAUUUCAGACAACAUUUCUGGGAAGCGCCGCUGUAGCUGGUAUUCUACCUGAAUCAAUUUUGCAAGUAUCUGACAAGAGUGGCACUACCGUUCAAGAGGCUCUUCGGUUGAACUCCUUCGAGGCCACUGCUGCUGCUCUUGGUCAGGUCAAGUACAGCCCGGAGUCUGUCGGCAGCUAUGUUGAGGUUCACUUGGAACAAGGGCCUGUCCUGGAAGCCCUCCGAUAUCCCCUUGGCGUCGUAAAAGGGAUCGCAGGGCAGACACGAUUGAAGGUAAUAGUAGACGGUUCCCAAGGGCAUGCUGGGACGGUUCCAAUGAAAUUGCGCCGUGAUCCGAUGGUUGCAGCUGCAGAGCUGGUGGUGACACUGGAGGGCCUGUGCAAAGACCCGAGCAGAUUCCUGACCUACGACGAGGAGUGCGGCUGCUUCACCGAGGAGUCCCUCGCCGGCCUCGUCUGCACCGUCGGCGAGCUGCUCACGUGGCCCAGCGCCAGCAAUGUCAUCCCAGGCCAGGUGAACUUCACGGUGGACAUACGCGCCAUGGACGACCUGGUGCGGGAGACGAUCGUGGCGAGCUUCUCGCGGAUCGUCAUGCAGCGGUGCGACCACCGGCUGGUCGACUGCGCCGUCGAACACAAGCACUCGGCGGCGGCCACACCGUGCGACCCGGAGCUGACGGCCCAGCUGAAGCGUGCGACGCGGUCGGCGGUGUCGGCGAUGGCGGCGCCCGGCGGCCACGCGGCGGUUGCCGGGGAGUCGACGCCGGUGCUGAUGAGCGGCGCGGGGCACGACGCGAUGGCGAUGGCGCGGCUGACGCGGGUGGGGAUGCUGUUCGUGCGGUGCCGCGGCGGGGUGAGCCACUCGCCGGAGGAGCACGUGGCGGAGGACGACGUGUGGGCCGCCGGGCUCGCGCUGCUCCGCUUCGUCGACCAGCACGCCGUGGCCGAGCUGUGA